AUGUCGGCCCCAACUACAGACAGCACUGAAGCAAUUACUAAUUCAGGAUACGGCAGCAGUGACGAAACAGCCAGUUUACUUGUUUCCGGACCCUCAGUAACAGUAAUUGUUCCAGCAGAAAAUAGAACGGUAAAGCCUGUACUGCAAAGACAAGACUGCACUACUCAUUUAAGACCUCAAUUGUCUGGCGGUGCUGGUAGCGAAGAAAGCGGAGCAUCUAUAAGAAUUGAAGAUGGAACAAUAGCAAGAAGUGUACCAGAUAUAGAAUUGCAGUGUAGAGAUCAACCAGCUGACCGCCCACAGACACUGGUAUCUCCUGUGGCCACCUGUUCCCACAGAGGGUCAGUGACCGCAUGCCAGUUAGUUCCGCAUUCGUACACUAGAUGUCGAGUCUGCGAAAGACGGCAGUCGACAGCCCCCAUAUCGGCACUACAACUAGCGCGAUCUGUGUCAAGAGAGAGUGUACGAUCGGCAGUGCACUACCCUUGCGGGUGCAGCUCGCUCCACGCGGUGAGCACCUGCCCUGCUAUACAACCUCCGGCCUUAUUACUUCCAACUUCAAGCACUAGAAUUAUUCGGCAAAGCUCGCAACCGGAGUCGAGCGCAUGCGCGGCACACUGCCCUCACCACGCCCACCAUCACCCUAGCGCCUCACUGCGUCAACUCAGAGAACCUGGAGAUGGAAUCGCCGGCAUCGCUGCGGACACUAUGCGGAUCAACGGUGGCAUGCGCCCCUUCAAACAGCUGCGGAAGCCGGUGUCGACGCUCUCGAUUCCCGGCGCGAUGAAGGCGUACUCUGGCAGCGGCAGAGACGCGGCGUCAGAGGAAGCGGGAGUCGCACUUGUCGGCGUCCACAGCGAGUACCCGCGCUUUGGAGAGGAGAGGGCACUCGGCGGCGGCACUUACAAGGGCGGGGGGGCGGCGAAACAUAAACCCAAUAUAGGAUAUAGGUUAGGUAGAAGAAAGGCGUUAUUUGAAAAAAGAAAAAGAAUAAGUGACUACGCUUUAGUCAUGGGAAUGUUCGGUAUUAUAAUUAUGGUUAUAGAAAACGAACUUUCAAGUGCUGGCGUCUACACCAAGGCUUCAAUAUAUUCACAAGCGUUGAAGACGCUAAUAUCAAUGUCGACUGUGAUUUUACUUGGCCUAAUAGUCGCUUAUCACGCUUUAGAAGUACAGUUAUUUAUGAUAGACAACUGCGCAGACGACUGGCGAAUAGCAAUGACCUGGCAGAGAAUAGCCCAAAUAGCCUUGGAACUCGCCAUAUGUGCCGUCCAUCCAAUUCCCGGACAGUACACUUUUACCUGGACAACAAAGUUAGCCAAUAAAGGCGGUGUUAUAGGUGUUGAAGUUGUUCCAUAUGACGUCACAUUGUCUUUACCAAUGUUCUUUCGGCUAUACCUCAUAUGCAGGGUUAUGCUUCUUCACAGCAAGUUGUUCACAGAUGCCUCUUCUAGAAGUAUAGGGGCGUUAAACAGAAUUAACUUUAAUACUAGAUUUGUCCUAAAAACUUUAAUGACCAUUUGUCCUGGCACUGUCUUACUGGUGUUCAUGGUGUCACUGUGGAUCAUCGCAAGCUGGACACUAAGGCAAUGUGAGAGGUUUCACGACGAAGAACACGCUAACCUACUGAAUGCGAUGUGGCUAAUUGCAAUAACAUUCCUCUCCGUUGGUUUUGGUGACAUUGUGCCAAACACAUAUUGCGGGAGAGGUAUCGCUGUUAGCACCGGUAUUAUGGGAGCUGGAUGCACUGCGUUAUUAGUCGCGGUUGUAUCAAGAAAAUUAGAAUUAACUAGAGCUGAGAAGCACGUUCAUAACUUCAUGAUGGAUACACAACUUACUAAAAGACUGAAAAACGCAGCGGCCAACGUACUCCGGGAGACGUGGUUAAUAUAUAAACACACUCGACUUGUAAAACGUGUACAUCCAGGCCGAGUCAGGACUCAUCAGAGAAAGUUCUUGUUAGCCAUUUACGCAUUACGAAAAGUGAAAAUGGAUCAAAGGAAACUAAUGGACAACGCCAACACAAUAACAGAUAUGGCAAAGACGCAGAACACUGUCUAUGAAAUUGUCUCGGACAUGAGCACAAGACAGGACAGUAUAGAAGAGAGGCUGACUAGUUUAGAAGAAAAACUUACUACACUACAGGAGCAAGUAAACAACUUACCUGACGUGGUGGCGCGGUGCCUACAGCAGUGCUGGGAGCGGGCAGAAUCACGGCGGAAUUAUCUUCACCCCGAUGCAGCCGCUGUUCCUACACCACCGUCUUCUAUUACGCCUUAUACCAGAACAAUGGCUUCAGUUUCACAUCCCUGGCCGCCGAGUCCGGUGCUCCAACCAGGGACUCGUACGCACUCAGCUCCAGAAAGCACCGUAUCUCAUUCUCCCGCCCCCCAGCCCCAACCUCAGCCUUCCAGCCCGGCGCCCCACGUCACAAGGCCUACGUUACCCAGCUGAGUACCGCCUUCAAACUCCGAACUCCUGUGCUGAACUCGACGAAACUCGGCGCCCGUCCUCUAACCCCACCUUUAUUACAACUACGCCCCAAUGAGGUUAUCCGAGAAAUCAUUUCGAAUGAGAGUUUUAAACUCUUUUACUAUAAGACGCAAUUCGCUUUUGGAUAAAUAUUAAUAAAAAAAAAAGGUUUUACAACUGACUGCUGCAAACGAAAUAAGAAUCAAUAUUACACCUUGCACAUUUUGCUUG